AUGCUUCUCCUACGCAACAGUUUCAGCCAGAAGCGCAAGGACGCUAAGCGCCCCCGUGAUCUUCACAUCCGCAAGGUUUCCUUUUCUGGCUCCUCUCUAUCCUGCUGCUCCCUCUCGUCGUCCGACUCGACAGCCUCAGCCUGUACCACCCUCCGCAGCCCCCCUACAUCUCCCAGCCAGAACCACCGCAGCACGAGUGGCAGCAGCAACGGAGGGCAUCUCGCCCCUCCCCGCCUGCACGAGCGUCCUCUCAAGACUUCCAUCCCGCGACGGGCUGCAUUCGCCCCCGCCGUCUACGACGACGACAUCGACGCCGACUACGACGACUUCUACUACCCCAACCACCUCGAGAAUGGACACGAAGACCGCAGCGACGUCGUCGUCCUGCCUGAGCCGUACUCCGAGGAGGAGGAGAGCGACGACGGCGACGACGGCAUGAGCAUCAGCGACUUUGUCAUGGCCAUGCCCCCGCCUGCUACCGCACCCGCUCAGCCCACCGACGACGACUACUUUACUUUCCGCCAUAUGGCCAUGGCUGCCUCGGUCGCCAGCGCCCGCCCUCCCGUGCCUUGCUCGCGCUGGUCGGCCUCGACGAUCGACUCCAUCAGCACUGUUGGCUCCUCGCAGGAGGAGCACGAUGACGAUGACGUCGUCGAGGACGCCCAGCAGCAGGAAGACGACUCUGCUCCUACCGCUCGCCGCCCACCCAUGCACCACAUGGACUCUGUCGACAACUUUGUCAAGAGGGGAGGUUGGAAACGCAGGGGCAUUGUCUUCCAGCGCGAAGAGUUUGCUGCUAGUAUUUCUAGCUUCUAA